AUGACGAAGAGUUUCAAAAUCAAUGAGAAUAUGGUUGAACCAGGAUUCAUAAGAGUUCGAAUAUUUUCUAGGAUUCGGCAAGCUACAAAACAACAAAUAUUCAUUUUCUACACAGUUGAUGAAGAUGAGCCUGCAGAAGAACCAAUUAGCGGGUACUACUGUACCUGUCAAUCUGGUGCGAAAACUGUGGAUACUUGUGCUCAUAUAACCAAAAACCAAAACCUAGCAAAAGAGGCAGAGCAUUUCAGUAAAGAUCAUUUCACAGCUUCCUCGGACAAUACGUCCUACUUCGCAUCCGGCUCCUCAUUUGACGACGAGUUAGGCAUUUCCGUGGUCGAAAACCCGCUGGUUGACGCGGUCAACGGUCAAGAAGCUCACGCUGGCUACGACCACAUCAGCGUUAGCGUUUUAAAGAACAAAGAGCGAACGUCGACUCUAGUGCGGAAAUAUCCGGAAGACACCGAAUACGGGCAACCUGCCGGCAACUCAGUCUAUCACCAAAAGUCACCAAGUCCUGAAGAUUACAAUGAAGUGGAGAAGAUGGUAUUCCAAAGCACCUGCCACACAGCAUUGACGAGCUGCAACGGGCACUAUCACUGCCGAAUGCUGCUGAACCCAGUCUUACAUCACUGCGAUAUGUCACGGUGUAAUAGAAAUUCCUGCAUGGAAGCGCUGCAGAAGUUUUACAGCAAGCCUGAUUUUCCGUGGAAUGUGGAGAUAGCUUUCUGUCUUUGCAAAAAAACAGAUAACAAACAAGACGCGUGCCUCAUUGCGCAAGAAAAACUUCAUCCAGUGUGUGCUCAAAGAACAGAAGAAUCGCCACAACCGUCCUGUUUGCAUCUAGCAGAAAUCUGCAGAGAAAACAACGAAUGCAGAUCGAAGUUGGAAUUUUACGAGCAGUCUUGUGCAGUGGACGCUGUAACAAAAAAGUGCGCCGGGUCGCCAGUUGAAUGCCGAUCGGCGAUUUUGGGAAUUUUAGGGACGGAUCUCCGAACGACGUGCGCCUGCAAAGGAACUGACAUGGCCCAGUUGUACGAAUGUCUCGGCUGGCAGAGACUUCUCUGGGUCAAUCCCUGUGUAGUGGAAUCUCAAAAAAACUUUCACAUGGCAAAAGCCCUGGAACAAGCCAAGUACACCACAGCUACCCCAACAACAUCAGCUCCAUUAAUUCGCCACCGGCCCACUUCAGUCCCCCACUUCAAUAUAAACCACCAAGAUAACAUAAUAUCAGCGACAGAAGCUUCAUUACAUACGAGAAUCAACACAAUCGCCGAGUUUAUCCCACCUCCUCAGGCAUUUGUACCAACUAGCAAGUCUACCACUACAACUACGACUACUACAACAACAACAACGACUACAACAACAACAAGACCUCCUUCUACGAGACGAACGAAACCGCCAACCACCACCACAGCCCUACCACCAAGAUCCUGUGUUGUACAAAGGCCCCAGUUUCCCAAUCAUUUUAUACGAGAAGGCUCAUUUAAACGGAUUUACCACGAAGACGAAUUCGAAUGUUCGGACGUAUGUGAAUGUGAAAUAGGUGAGAAGUUAACAUGCAGAACUAUUUGCAUAGACCGGAUGCCUUGCAAGACUGAAUUUGCGUACUACAAUCAUGCAGCUCCUGCAUUCCAAGCGUUCCGGGGAAGGUGUCUGUGUUAUUCUGGACGAUUCAUCUGCAUGAAGCCCAUGCCAAACGAUUACACGUUGCCCCAGGGUGUGUUUCUCUUUUUGGGCUACAGCGAAGUGGAUGAAAGGGAACUCAACAAGAAUCACACUGUUAUCGUUGUUCAGGAUAUAGUAAGAGUGUUGCAGAAUAUUAUUGAAGAGGAAGCGGUGAACGGGACGCUGUGCACAUUGGAAUUCUUUAACGCAACUAAGGAAAAUGUUAUAAUUGCUGGAAAACUAUCUGAAGAUGUCGACUAUACUAAGUUAUCGCCACCAGAAAUUUUAACAAAGGAAAAGGACGAAUGCGUUGAUCUUCUGGAAAUGAUCAGCGACAAAAUCAACUCCAAGAACUCCGACUUCGUCUCUCACUUACUCCUAUCAAUUUUCAAGAUGGCGGAGGUAGAAAUAAUCCCAAUCGAACCCAAAUCAUCAUCAGAGAGAUAUUUUUAUAAAGUACACGUUCUAAUUCUCUCGAUAGUAUUGUCGAAAAUAUUUCAGCAUAUACAAUCGACGCCAUCGUGACAUCGAGACUGAAUAGUUUAAUAGUAUAAAUAUAUAUGUAUACAUAUCAUUAUAGUAUAUGGGCCGAUACGCUAUUUGUGAAAUGUGUUUAUUGAGAACAUGGUGAAAGUGAAAAUGGUUGUAGUAAAACUAUAGGUAAUAGUUUUAUAAGAGUUUGGAGUUAAUAAAAUCAGGGUAACAAAAAUCUAAAAAUUUUACAAAGAAUUUUGUUUCAGUUCUUAUCAAGGCAGUAAAAUAAGUAAGUUUAUUCUUGUAAAUAAACAACAAUUCUAAAAGUGACUUUUGUUAGAUGCCAUAUUCAGUAUAAGUAAAAAUAAACGGGAAGUAAUAAACUAUUUAGACAUAUGGACCAAAAGAUAUACUUAAUAUAACGGCUGAAGGUUCUUAAAUAACGGGUACGUAUGAACAAAUGUGUAAGCUGUAUAGUCCAUUGAUAAUGGAAAUGCAUAGAAAGACAUUCAUGGAGCAAAAACGUCAUUGAAUUAGAACCAUUCCCUAGAAAUCAAACGUAGGAUAGAAACCUCAAGAUCUGCCUUAAAAAAUUGUUGAGCUGUUCAAAUUCCAUGAUUUAUUAAUACCCAUAAAAGCAGGUUACUACGAUGUUUUAUCUUUCCUAUAGUUAGUCGUGGACU